UGGUCCAGGAAAGAAAAACAGGCAUUCGGAGGAUUUGAGACUGGCACCAGCAGAAAUGCAGUCUCAGAGGAUCCCGGGGAGAAAGCGAGGCCGACCCCCACUUCACUCAACACCUAUGAAGAUGGCAGUUCAUAACCUUUAUUCUGCUUCAGCUGGUUCUUUACCAGCAGUGAAGAUCCCAAAGAAAAGAGGGCGGAAACCCGGGUACAAGCUCAAGUCUCGGGUUCUCAUGACGCCUUUAGCCCUCUCGCCCCCGCGGAGCACACCGGAGCCCGACCUCAGCUCCAUCCCUCAGGAUGCAGCCACCAUACCCAGCUUGGCAGCACCACAGGCUCUCACAGUCUGCCUCUACAUCAACAAGCAAGCCAACGCAGGGCCAUACCUGGAGAGGAGGAAGGUACAGCAGCUCCCCGAGCACUUUGGGCCCGAGAGGCCGUCGGCUGUCCUGCAGCAGGCCGUGCAAGCAUGCAUCGACUGUGCCCACCAGCAGAAGCUGGUCUUCUCCCUGGUCAAGCAGGGCUACGGUGGUGAGAUGGUGUCAGGAGGUGGAAUUUUCCUACUAUGUGACCAUCCAGGCACCUCUGGGAAUGUAUACACACUGAUUUAUGGCACAGGCCUGAUGACCCAGACCUUCCUGCUGUGGGUUCAGUUUCCAGCACACCUACUCUUUCAAGUCUCCGCGUCCUUUGACGGGAAGCAGCACCUGCGGAGUCUGCCCGUGGUGAACAGCACUGGGUACGUCCUCCGCUUCCUUGCCAAGCUGUGCCGAAGCCUCCUGUGUGACGACCUCUUCAGCCACCAGCCGUUCCCCAGGGGCACCAGCGCCUCCGAGGAAGCCCCUGAGAGCCAGGAAGACAGGAUGGAGUCAGCAAAAACGGUCACCACUGAGGAGUGCCUGGUGAACCCUGCGAGCAUGAACCGCUACAGCGUGGACUCCUCCUCCUCCGCCUUUAGCCACAGGGGCUCCCUGCCCAUCUCCUCUUCGUUGUACUGCAAGAGGCAGAACUCUGGAGACGGCCACCUUGGGGGAGGCUCAGCCACCACAGUCGGUGGUCCCCAUACCAGCCCCACGUCCUCUGGAGGCCCCUCAGCACCUGGGCUGAGGCCCCCUGGCUCCAGCCCCAAGAGAAACGGGACCUCUCUUGAAGGAAACAGAUGUGCCUCAAGCCCUUCUCCGGACAGGCAGGACACCCGGCGGCCAAGGAGCAGGAACCCCUCUACCUGGUCCGUGGAGGAUGUGGUCUGGUUCGUGAAAGACGCAGACCCGCAGGCUCUGGGGCCCCACGUGGAGCUCUUCCGGAAGCAUGAGAUUGAUGGCAAUGCCCUCCUGUUGCUGAAGAGUGACAUGAUCAUGAAAUACUUGGGCCUAAAGCUGGGACCUGCACUGAAACUCUGCUACCAUAUUGAUAAACUGAAGCAAGCCAAGUUCUGA